UUCAUAUACAUACAUACAUAUUUGUGAAUUCCCUAAAGUGAAUAAUUUCUUACAACUUCAAUGGCGAUGAAUUACGAAAGUGAGACCUCAUAUAAACAAAUUAUUUUAUUUCAUAAGUGGACUGUUCCAAAUACAUCAUUCUUUAAGAACAGCAAAGAUUUUAUGGGAUUCGCCUCAAAGGUGAUUCGUGAGUCCGAUUAUGGCUAUUGUUUUCAGUUACAGUUACAGCCAUUAGAAAAUUAUCAUCUAAGCGAAGGUUUACUAUCCGUACUUUGUAUAAAAAAAGGAAAAUAUAGCGCAUGCUACAAAGUACAAAUUCAUAUAUCAGGCCAUAAGUGCCCGGUAGUUGCGGCACUCAUACCAAAUACAGUGAAAGUAAAAUUAUCACUCGAGUCGCUGUUAGACUUAAUAAUUGAAUGUUAUAUAACGAUUACAAUGCUCGAAGCACCCAGCGUACAGCUGGUGAAAGUACCCGAAAGUCAAUUAUCGAAACAUAUUGGCGCUUUAUUUAAUACCACUGAAUACUCCGAUGUGACCAUUGUGACUGCCGAUUUGUGUGAGAUACCUGCUCACAAGAUUAUAUUAUCCGCAGACAGCAAGGUUUUUGCGGACAUGUUAAGCGGGGAGAGUCAGACCAAUCGUGUAAUCAUUGAUGAUUUCUGCGGUAAAGUUGUGGAGGAGCUGUUGCGUUUUAUUUACACAGGAGUUGCACCGAACUUGGACUUCGAUAAGGCCAAAGAUCUACUGGCAGCUGCGGACAAGUAUGACAUUCAAAGACUAAAGGCACUGUGCCUGAAUUACUUGUUCGAUCAUUUAUCCAUUAAAACUGCGGCAAUGACGUUCAAUUUAGCCCAUAAAUACAAUGAAAAAAGGCUGCUAUCGAAGACAGUCGAAUACAUAAAAAGGAAUUAUAAAGAUGUUAAGGGUACAGAAGAAUGGCAGAAUAUAGUUCAAAUGAAUCCCGUUCAGCUAAUGGAUAUUUUCCUGGGGUUUUAAGAACUUAAUGUGAAUACAUGGGAUGCA